CAGGUCGCGGAGUCCAGCGCUCUGCGCGGGCCAGCGGGACGAGCGGUGGCUGACAGGCGGGGCCCACCCCCACCCCACCCCGCUCCUCGCCAGCUGCUGACUUCGCUUCCCUCGCUGGCCGUCGGCGGUUGGCAGAUCGGAGAUGGAGGGGGAGAGGGGGCGGGUGCUGGUGGUGGGCGGGAGCGGCUACCUCGGCCAGCACCUCCUCGCCGCGCUCGCCGACGGCGGCGGCGUCGACGUGGCCUUCACCCACCACCGCGGAACCGGGCCGCGGGCGCUGCUCGACGCGCUCCCUGGCGUCCGCGCCUUCCGCGCCGACCUCCGCUCCGGCGACGGGCUCGAGGCCGUCUCCGCGUCCUUCGGCCAGCCACAUGUGAUUGUGAACUGUGCUGCAAUCUCGGUUCCUCGGGCGUGCGAAACGGACCCAGCUGCUGCCAUGGCUACUAAUGUGCCUUCUUCACUUGUCGAUUGGUCACUGAGCUUUGGGAAUGACAAGACUCUUUUGAUCCAUCUCUCCACAGAUCAAGUUUAUCAGGGGGUGAAAUCCUUCUACAAAGAGGAGGAUGAGACACUGCCGGUGAACAUGUAUGGCAAAUCAAAAGUUGCUGCAGAGAAGUUCAUUACUGAGAAAUGCUCAAACUAUGCAAUCUUGAGAAGCAGCAUCAUUUACGGGCCACAAACAAUCUCUCCUGUUGAAAAAUCGCUCCCUAUCCAGUGGAUGAACGCUGUCCUUUCACAAGGCCAGCAAGUUGAUUUUUUUAAUGAUGAGUACCGCUGCCCAGUUUAUGUAAAAGAUAUGGUGGAUGUAAUAUUGUCUUUGACAAAAAGUUGGUUAUCAGAUGGCAAAAAAGUUCAGUUACUUCUGAAUGUCGGUGGACCAGAUAGGGUUUCAAGACUGCAGAUGGCUGAGUCUGUUGCUGAAGUUCGUGGAUAUAGCAAGUCGAUGAUCAAAUCUGUGCCUGCAUCAUCGGUUAACCGGGGUGUAGCUUCACCGUCAGACAUAUCCAUGGAUAUCACCAAGCUAACUCAGACACUCGGUAUCCAGCCGAUUACAUUCCUGGAUGGAGUCAGAGCCACACUUGACGCAGAAGCCACUACAUGAUAUUCAUAAAUUAAGUGCAGGUUCUUGGUGUGCAAGUCUGUCAAUCAAACCCAAGCAGACACUGGAUGCGGGAUUCACGCGGCCACGAGGGGAGACCGUGAGGCAGUAGCCUUGUGGCAGAAGCAACAUGAUUUGACUCAUGCCCUUGUCUUGCAGAGUGGCCUGGGGACAAAGGGGAACACAGAUGGCAGGGGUCCCACCUCCAAGAUUAGCCUGCCUGCCCCUGUGGCAAUCUGUGUGAGUCAGCUCAUGGGCGUUCAUUCACUGUCAACACCGAGCAGCGAGCACCACUGGAUGCCCUCUCCACAGAUCACCAAGUCCAUGGACGAGACACUUGGAAGAUACUAAAGAGAGAUAUCCCAUAUCUGGUCAGUAGGAUUAGCCAUGCCCAUGCAUGCUUUUCUCCUAACCAUGGCAGGCAGGUCCCAUGCCCAGGCUCUGGUCUCCAUAUCCAAGAAAUUCAGGAAACAUGGAUUUUCUUUGCUGGGGGGAAUCGGUGGGCCCCACAUGCCAAACUUUUAGUGAACCGAACACAUUACCAUACCAUGUAGUCAGAGUCAGUGGAGUACUACUACUACUAUAGGCCAUAUAUAGGAUGGAGGAUGGAGGAUCGCUCAGUGUCUAUUUCUUGUUACCUGUGUCUCCUCUUAUUAGUGGCCUCUCUCCCCCAGCUAAAUCCAUAUUAAUACCCUCCUCCUCCCCUGCUCCUCUCUCUCUCCCUCUC